UGGCAAGGACACUGAAACACGUGGAAAGAUUAUCUAAGUGUGUCACAACUUCAAGUACAAGUGUCAUCGAGAUCUACAAUUAUAGAUGUGUAACAAAAUAUAAUGAAAGUUUUAACAUUAAUAUAUCUCAUAUAUAUUAUAGUUGUGAAUAGCGGGGUUUCUCAACAACAACCGGUGGUAUCAACAGAUUGUGGUCCUGUUUUAGGAAUUAAUUCCACAGCCUUUGUAUUCAAGGGAAUCCCAUAUGCCGUUCCACCUUUACGUGAUCUACGAUGGACUCCUCCACAGGCCCUGAGCAAAACUGGUGGAACAUGUUGGGCAGGAACAUUCAAUGCAUCAACAUUUGGAAACACGUGCAUACAACGAAAUGAAGACAAUUCAAGCGAAAUUAUAGGUAAUGAGGACUGUCUCUAUCUCAAUGUAUGGACGCCGACGCUAAACUCCAGCGCUAAUCUACCAGUUAUGGUGUGGAUACAUGGUGGAAGUUUGCAGUUAUCAAAUGGAAACUGGCCGACUUUUAGCCCAACUUCAAAACUUGCAAACUCGACAAACGUCGUUUAUGUCAGCAUGAAUUAUCGUCUUCAUGCCUUCGGUUUUAUGGCUUUGGAUAUUUUGACAGCUCGGUCGGCACAUAGAUCGUCUGGAAAUUAUGGAUUCAUGGAUCAACAACUUGCACUUCAAUGGGUGCAACGGAACAUCAAAAACUUUGGCGGAAACCCUGAUUUGGUUACCGUAUUUGGUCAGAGUUCAGGCGGAACUAGCAUUAUAGGUCUUCUCGCAUCUCCAUUGUCAAAGGGACUAUUUCACCGCGCAUGGAUGAUGAGUGCGUCACCUGUUUACAAUAAAACUCUAGUAGAAGCAUCUAAAGAUAAUUUAUUGUUUCUGAAAAACACAGGCUGUUCAGAUAUAAAUUGCCUGGUUAAUGUACCAGCAGAUGACAUUAUUCAUGCAAUUCCAUGGAACGUCUAUCCUUAUUGGGCUAUGACGGAUCAGAUGGACUUGCCAAUUCGUAACUACUUUGACGGGGCUAUUUGUAUUGUGGAUGGAUAUGUUGUACCCGAACCACCGUUUGAAAUGUGGAAGCAGGGAAAAGGGAUAGACGUCCCCGUAAUUGUUGGCACGUAA